CCUACCUUUUCUCCCAAAAUGCAGCGCGGGUUACCGAUGCAACCGACUGUUGUCCUUCUCAAAGAAGGAACCGAUACGUCUCAAGGAACUCCUCAGUUACUUUCAAACAUAUCGGCAUGUCUUGCAAUUGCAGGAACCCUUUCCAGCACCCUUGGUCCGAGAGGGAUGGACAAGCUUAUCGUUUCUGAACGUGGAGAAGCCCAGAUUACGAAUGACGGAGCAACUGUUCUCAAACUACUUGAGAUCGUUCAUCCGGCUGGACGGACGUUGGUUGAUAUUGCAAGGGCACAGGAUGCUGAAGUUGGAGACGGUACAACUACUGUAGUACUUCUUGCUGCACAGUUAUUGAAGGAAGUGAGAGGAUAUAUUGAGGAAGGUGUGAGCCCUCAUAUAAUUAUGAAAGGUUUCAGGAAAGCGGCCGAUUUGGCGAUCGAACGAAUCAAGCAGAUUCAAACUACUGUCGAUAAAUCAGAUCCCGAGCGAUUCCGUUCACUCCUUCUCAAAUGCGCGUCGACAUCGAUGUCAUCAAAACUCAUACAUUCCGAAAAACCCUUUUUUGCAAACAUGGUCGUUGAUGCUGUUCAAUGUCUCGAUCAAGACGACCUGGACGAAUCUCUCAUCGGCGUCAAAAAAAUUCCUGGAGGCGGAAUGCAGGACUCGCUGCUGGUCGCAGGUGUUGCUUUCAAAAAAACUUUCACCUACGCCGGAGCUGAACAGCAACCCAAGUCCUUCAAAAAUCCCCUUAUUCUCUGUUUGAAUGUGGAACUCGAGCUCAAGGCAGAGAAAGACAACGCCGAAGUGCGGGUUGACGCCGUUUCUGAGUAUCAAGCUAUCGUCGAUGCCGAAUGGGAGAUCAUCUACAGGAAAUUAGAAGCUAUUGAGAAUACCGGUGCAAAGGUCGUCCUCAGCAAGCUUCCAAUCGGUGAUUUAGCUACCCAGUACUUCGCUGAUCGCGACAUUUUCUGUGCUGGACGCGUUCCCGCCGGUGACUUGCGACGAGUUGUGCAAGCUGUCGGUGGUUCAAUCCAAUCUACAUGUUCGGAUAUCACUAGGGAACACCUCGGAACAUGCGGUUCUUACGAGGAAAAGCAAAUCGGUGGGGAGAGAUAUAACCUCUUUGAACAUUGUCCAAAAGCGAAGACGUGCACACUUCUCCUACGAGGUGGAGCAGAGCAGUUCAUUGAAGAGGUAGAGAGAAGUUUACACGACGCUAUUAUGGUAGUAAAGCGAGCGAUAAAGAGCGGCGACGUUGUUGCUGGAGGGGGAGCUAUCGAGAUGGACCUUUCUGCCCAUGUCCGAAAACAUGCUCUGAGGAUACCGGGAAAGCUUCAGCUUAUCAUGGCUGCCUUCGCUAAGGCACUAGAAGUCAUUCCCCGCCAGAUAUGUGACAACGCCGGCAUCGACUCAACAGAUAUACUGAACAGACUCAGGAAAAAGCACGCCGAUGGAGAGAAAUGGUAUGGUGUGGACGUUGACGGCGUCUCAGGCGUUCGGGACAAUAUGGAUGCAUUCGUUUGGGAGCCUGCACUUGUCAAACUCAAUGCAAUCAGUAGUGCUACUGAAGCCGCUUCCCUUAUCUUAAGCGUGGAUGAAACAGUCAGAAAUCCCCAGAGUGAGCAGCCGAAUACCGGUCCCAAAGCACCACCCGGUACAGCACAAAGAGCUUUGCGAGGAAGAGGCAGGGGCGUGCCUCGUCGGUGAUGCGUAAGAAGAUUUAUGGCUUUCUAGAAGGUGUAUGAUCCAAUAGUGAUAAAAGAAGUGAAACUGAUUUUCGAUGUCCAUUCUGAAUAUCUCCUCUCACAGUGGCAAGUAGAGAUACCGUGUACCCCGAUAGGUGGAAUUCUAAGGAUGACCUCG